AUGGCCACGCCUGCGCCCAUCCCCGGGGUCGGGCCCCAGCGGCCGAGUCUGUCGCUGCGUCUCAAGGCGGCCAUGAUCAUGGGCGCUACCGGCAUCUUGUCUAAAGCCUUCCUGUACGGGCUCAACCGCGUGGAAGUGAACGGGCUCUCGCGCUUCCUGGACAUUCUCGACAGUCGCAAGGACCCGGCCAAGCGCGAGCGCGGACUCUUGACCGUCUCGAACCACGUCAGUGUACUCGACGACCCCGUGGUCUGGGGCAUCCUGCCCUUUCGCUACAUCAUUGACCCCUCCAACCUGCGAUGGACCCUCGGCGCGGCCGACAUCUGCUUUGCUAACAAACUCUUCUCCAACUUCUUCACCCACGGCCAAGUCCUCCCCUGCCACCGACUCAAGCACUCCCCCUACGGCGGGCCCUUCCAACCAGCCAUCACCCAAGCCCUCGGCCUGCUCUCCAAACCCUCCUUCGCCUCCUCCACCAACCUACCCUUCUCCCGACCACCACCAAACUCCGACGGAACCUCCGACGGCCAGCUCCAACACCACCCAGCCUACUACACCACCACCGGCCGCGACCUCCACCCUUCACCACUCUCCUACCCCCUCCACCGCCGCUACAGCUGGGUCCACGUCUUUCCCGAAGGCUGCGUGCACCAGCACUCGGGCUGUGACCUGCGCUACUUCAAAUGGGGUCUGGCCCGCCUCAUCCUCGAAUCCGACCCCGUACCCGAUGUUCUGCCCAUGUUUAUAGACGGCACGCAGCACGCGAUGCCCGAAGACAGGGGGUUUCCACGGUUUUUGCCGCGGAUUGGAAAGACGGUGCGCGUGACGUUUGGGGAGGUGUUGGAUUAUGAGGCGACGUUUGGGGAUUUGAAGAGGAGGUGGGAUCGGUUGGUUGUGAGGGAGAGGGAGAGGGAGAGGUUGGCUAGUAGGGGGGGUAACCCAACCUACCACGACACGACCCUCCCCCCAACCCUGCGCAACGGCCCGGAAGCCCAAGAAAUCCGCAUCCAAGUCGCGCUACGCAUGCGUGACGAGAUCUUGAAGCUGCGCCGGUCUUUGGGCCGGUACCCGGACCCGGAACCGUCGUUUGGCCUCGCCGAGACGUGGCGCGAAGAUGGGGGGAUUGAGGCGAAAAGGUAUAAGAGUCGGGUUGAUGGGAGUGAUAUUGGUCAGGAUUGA